AUGAAUCUGGAGCGUUUUCGUCGCCACGGCAACAGGCGGCGUCGAACGGCCCUCGCCGCACCGCGCGACUCCCUGGACCGCGCGCACUCCCCGCACCACGCCGCCCCGCACCAAGCCGCCCCGCACCAAGCCGCCCUGCACCAAGCCGCCCUGCACCAUGCCGUCCCGCACCACGCCGCCCCGCACCAAGCCGCAAUGCGCCGCUCCACACCGUACCACGCAGCACCGCUAAAAGGAGGUGGCACCGCCGUGUGA